AUGGGCAAUACUGACGGCAUUGGGCGCAUAACGCAGCCCGUGGAGAUUCCGGGGAGAAGCAUGAUCGUCUUGUAUGGAAGUGAAACUGGGACUGCUGAGGAUAUCGCCGGUGAGCUGGGCAAGUCAGCCGAGCGGCUGCACUUUCGGACAACCGUCGAUGAGAUGGAUAGCUUCAAGCUGGCGGAUGUCCUUCGUUCCUCACUGGUGGUGUUUGUCACCUCCACCACUGGACAAGGCGACAUGCCCAAAAACACACUCAAAUUCUGGAAAAAUCUGAGGCGUGAAAAGCUCAACAAUACCAACUGCCUCAAGUCAAUGCGGUUCACCAUGUUUGGAUUAGGUGAUAGCUCAUAUCUAAAGUUUAAUUGGGCUGCAAGAAAGCUGCGGGCUAGGCUCUUACAACUCGGCGCAACAGAGUUUUUUCGGCCGGGGGAAGGAGAUGAACGACAUGACAAUGGGAUUGACAGUAUUUAUCUUCCGUGGUACGAGGAGUUCAAGAAAACGCUCCUCGCCGACCACCCACUCCCGGACUCAAUCCUUCCCAUUCCGGACGGCGCACAACUUCCUCCUAGAUACCCAGUUGGGCUGGUAUCGAAAAUGGGUGCCAACGAGGGGCCCGAUGGCAAGGCGAACGGCGUGAAGAUCACAGAAGAGCGCAUGUUCCUGGGUUCCAGAUCCAAGAAUGCCGCGUGCUCGCAUAUCGACAACCCCCAGACCAGCGAAGACCAGAGACACGAAUCCUUGCUGCGCCUUAAAAGCACGUUCCCUACUCAUUCAGCUCGGCGCGAUGUGGUUUAUGAACGCGAAAACCCGCGAGCCUACGAUGGGUUGGACAAGGAUAAUCAACUCAAAGAUCACCCCGAAAAGUAUUUACUCAAUAAACAGCCAGAGCGGCGGGUUGAAUUUCCGCCAAAAGACCUGCUCUACAUCCCCGAUACGAAACCGGCCAUUCUGAGGAGCAACACUCGAGUUACCCCCGCCGACCAUUGGCAAGAUGUGCGACAUCUCACUUUCGAGGUCUCCCUGAACGAAGCAUCUUAUAGCGACCUCUGCCGCUACAUCGGCCAUUUAACCCUCGUUAUCUGGCCCAAGAAUUUCCCAGAAGACGUCGAUGAGUUGAUCCACAGCAUGGGCUGGGAAGCCGAAGCAGAUGCUCCCCUCAAUGCCCCCGCGGUCCCGCGAAACGUUUACACGAACGGACCGAUCACCACCCUUCGCCACCUUCUUACCCAUAGCCUCGACAUCACGGCGGUCCCGAAACGUAGUUUUAUUCGGGAACUUGUACAUUACACCGAGGACGAGAGAGAACAGGAGCGACUGCAGGAACUUGUGGAACCGGGAAACGAGCAAGAGUACUACGACUAUACGUGUCGGCCGCGGCGUACCAUUCUUGAGCUGCUUCAGGAUUUCAAGGGUGUCAAGAUCCCAUACCAACGCGUCCUCAGCCUGUUCCCCGCCAUCCGCGGCCGUGAGUUCAGUGUCUGCAACGGCGGAGCUUCUCUCAACGACGUGGCGGUGGAAUGGCAUAUCAAAAUCGAAAUCCUGGUGGCGCUGGUCGAGUACAAGACCAUCAUCCGCAAACCGCGCCAGGGUCUCUGCUCUCGCUACCUCAAGCACCUCCCUGUUGAGACCCCCCUUGCCGUGUGCCUGAAGCCCGCGACCGGGACAAACCUGACCUUGAAUAACGACCAGGCCAAACGACCCCUGAUCGCAGUCGCUACCGGCACCGGCGUCGCCCCAGUCCGCGCCGUUCUCCAAGAGCGCGAGGAUUACCGUCACACGGGCGACACCAUCCUCUUUUUUGGCUGCCGCAAUAAAGCGGCCGAUUACCACUUCGAACGAGAAUGGCUAGAGUACCCCAACCUCAGGGUCUACCCGGCCUUCUCGCGCGAUAGAAUCGAGCCUGAGGCGGACUCGACCACGUCCCAAAUCGUACCCGACCCCAAGACCGAACCGACCUCGCUAACGAUGGGCCUGCUGUCCUCCACCCAGUACGAUAGCAACAAGAACUAUGUCCAGCACUUGAUCCGCCAUCACGCGGAGGAGGUCGGGUUUUUGCUGGAGAGGCGGCCGUUCAUCAUGAUCUGCGGCAACGCUGGGCGCAUGCCUAUCUCAGUCCGGAAUGCCUUCCUGGAUGUGCUAAUUUCUAGCGGGAUCUGUAAGAACCAGGCCGAAGCGGAGAUCUGGUUUGGGAACUCGAAGAAUGUUACCGUGUGGCAGGAAACCUGGUGA